UUCCGCUGCCCACCUGUGGCAGAAACCGUUGUUACUUGACUUAUUAUUCGAAUUAAAAAGCAAUUAGUGUUCUCUUCACACAUCUUAACAUACUAAUGUUACGAUAGUGUAUCCAUGAUUCGUAAUGAACAAGCAGCAGCGUCCAGUUUGGAUGUAGGCCUACUUACGUUAAGCAGCUAGCUCACUGUUAGCCCCGGUGACGGGAGUACAGACGUCCCUAUCUCUCGGUGACGCCGUGUGGAUCCUCAAGUCAUCUGAAUUAAACCGUCUGCAAUUUGUUUUGCUGCAUGUCGGAGUUACCGGUUAGCUGAAGGUGUAUUUCUCCUCUCAUGGCGGAAGCUCAGACUGUUUUCACUGAACGAACAGGAGCUUUCAUCAUACAACAUCAGACAGCAGCCCAGGGACCCUCAGCACUCAGAGGGAGGAGCAGAGGAGUCCUCCGGCCCUCCCACUGGCUAUAAGACCAGGGGCAGACGGAAACACUCAGACAACAGGCACACGUGGAGCAAAGAGGCAGGGACAGAAAAAAGGACUUGGAGAGAGAGAGACCAAUAGAGAGCAGAGACAGUAAAACUGCUGCCACAGACUGGGAGUAGUUCUUUUGCUAUUGGGAUUGACACAGACAAAUAUAGAAACAAAGGACCAAGAAAGAGGUUUAAAGAGGAAAAAGAGGAAAAAAUCAACAACCAUUUGACUUCAACAUACCAUUUUACAUUUCUUCCACAGGAUUAAAAGAAAAAAGAACUGACAUUCGGUAUGUGAAGUUAUUUUUGUAUAAACCAAGGGAGAAAACUGCUGCUCUGAGGUCAAGCUGCUCUUGACCACUGACUAAGGAUCAACUCGCUGACCUUUUAUAACCCAUAUAUCUGACUCACCUGGCUAAACUCAUUUUGCAGAGAAGAAGGGGUAAAGUCAGAAGCAUCAACAGAACAUUUUCCAAGCAACUUCCGAUAACAAACGUCACAACUUGAACCUCAACCAGUGUUUCAAGGAUUGACUGGUAGCCGACAGAGCAUUGUUUCUGAGAAGAUGACAUUUGCCAUGCUGCGCACUGCGCCUCCCGCGGGCCGCUUCCUGUACGGCGACAUCGCCCUCCUCUCCGAAGACGACGAAGAGAAUGGCAGCGAGGGGUCUGGCUCCGAGGAGCGUACCACCAACUCUAACUUCCGCCUGUCCUCUUCGCCAUCUGCCUUUCACAUCAAGAUGAACAGGAAGAGGAAGCUGUGCGGGGCAGGAGGGUGCGAAGGGGUAGGGGUAGAUGUAGAGGCCAUGAUGGGGAGGCUCAUCCCCCCGGGGUCUCCCCCUCUUGGGGAGGGUCGCCAGAGGACUGCAGCCAACGCACGGGAGAGGGAUCGCACCAAUUCUGUCAACACGGCAUUCACAGCGCUGCGCACACUCAUCCCCACCGAGCCUGCAGACAGGAAGCUGUCAAAGAUCGAGACGCUGCGCCUGGCUAGCAGCUACAUCAGUCACCUGGGGAACGUCUUGCUUCUGGGCGAGGGGCUUCAUGAUGGACAGCCGUGCCACGCUCCCUCACCACCAUUCUUCCACGUUAACUCCUCCCCCAGCCGAGGAUCUGACCAAUCGGCUCAGCCAAAGCACAUCUGUACUUUCUGCCUCAGCAACCAGAGGAAAAUGAACAAAGACAGAGACAGGAAGACGGCCAUCAGAAGUUAACAAUGGAGACACGACCCACACGGAUGAAAUGCAGCGACGUUAAUGCAACUUGAAAACUUUUGAUGCAUUUCAAAGACUUUUGAAGGACUUCUUCAGCACUUCCAGGACUUUUCAAGGAACUUAACCAAGCUUUUUUUCUUACUUUUUCUAUCACUUUACAAGAACUUUUUACUUUUUGUCGGGUAUUUUCAAAAGAAAAUCUGAAACAGUACUUUUUAAAGGUCAAUCACAUGCUUAUCAAAGACCCUGACCUGCCUUUCAACAUGUAUAAGAGACUUUUUACUGUAUUGUUCAGAGACUCCGUGACUCUUUGUUCUAAGGAACUAAUGGCACAUGAUGGAAAAACACAGCUUUGAUGAAAACAAGUUUGUCUUUCAUAUGUUCUGUGUUAUUAAUGUGUAAACUGAAAUAUAAAUGUAUAUUUAUGUGACAUAACAUUAUAUAAUGAAAGUAUGUUAUUUAACCAACAUUGACAUUCACAAAGUGCAAAGGUGCAAGAACAUUAGCUAAUGGCACAAUUUAUGGCAUCCUAAAACGACAUGCUGGAAUUUUGUGGUAUUGUUUAUUUCUAAUGAUCAUCUCUGGAAAUGUCCUAAUAAUGCUGGAAAAUAACUCAAGAUGACCAAUAAAUUGUUUGUAUAUCUGGGA